AUUUAACAGAGGCUUUGGAUGAAGAUGCAGACCCCACAAAAUCUGCACUGUCUGCAGUUGCAACUUUGGCAGCUGCAUGGCCACAGUUACAUCAGGGCUGCAAUUUGAAAAACUUGGAUCUUGAUAGCUGCACUCUUUCUGAGAUUCUCAGACUUCACAUUCUAGCAUCAGGUGCUGAUGUAACAUCAGCCAAUGCAAAAUACCGUUACCAGAAACGAGGAGGGUUUGAUGCUACUGAUGAUGCUUGCAUGGAGCUGAGAUUAAGUAAUCCUGGCCUCCUGAAGAAACUUUCAAGUACCUCAGUGUAUGAUUUGUUGCCAGGAGAAAAGAUGAAGAUCCUUCAUGCCCUCUGUGGGAAGCUUCUGACUCUUGUCUCCACUCGAGAUUUUAUCGAGGACUCUGUUGAUGUGUUACGACAGGCAAAGCAGGAGUUCAGAGAAUUAAAGGCAGAACAGCAUCGCAAAGAACGAGAGGCAGCAGCAGCAAGGAUACGUAAGAGGAAAGAAGAAAGAUUAAAAGAACAAGAGUUAAAAAUGAAAGAGAAACAAGAAAAGCUGAAGGAAGAGGAGCAAAGAAAUCCUGCUGUAGAAGUAUCUGUUGGGGAGGAGGAACGGGAAGACCUUGAUACUAGUACAGAGAGCAAAGAAAUUGAACGUAAAGAGCAAGACAUAGACACAGUGACAGAUGAGGAAGAAGAACUGGGACCAAACAAAAAACGAGGAAGAGGAAGGAGAGGGCAAAAUGGAUAUAAAGAAUUUACAAGACAAGAAGAAGCUACUUGUGAAAAGACUGAACCUCUUACUGCUGAAGACGAAGAAGCUUUAAAACAGGAGCAACAAAAGAAAGAGAAGGAACUGUUAGAAAAGAUUCAGAAUGCAACAGCAUGCACAAAUAUCACCCCGUUAGGUCGUGACCGUCUGUACCGACGCUACUGGAUUUUCCCCUCUGUUCCUGGAUUGUUCAUAGAAGAGGACUAUUCUGGUCUCACAGAAGACAUGUUGUUGCCUCGAACCUCUUCCUUUCAGAAUAGUGUACCUAAAACUGGAGAGUCUUUGAAAUCCUCUGAAUCUACCUCCAAUAUUGACCAAGAUUCACACACCAGUGUUGUUGUAGAGGUGCCAAGGCCAGUAUAUAAACCAAACCGUUGGUGCUUUUACAAUUCUCGGGAACAACUGGACCAACUAUUAGAGGCUCUCAAUUCCCGAGGACAUAGGGAGAGUGCCUUAAAAGAAACUCUUUUACAAGAGAAAAGUAGAAUAUAUGAACAACUAAGCAGUUUUCCUGUGGAAAAAUUCCAUAUUCCAGACAAACCUCAAAGUGACAUCAGACCUCCUUCAGGACGGGGAAGGAUGCAGAAUGCCUAUGAUGGAUCUCGCAUAUCUGCAGAGAAGCAGCUUGAACUGAGACUUAGAGAUUUCCUUUUGGACAUAGAAGACAGGAUCUACCAAGGAACAUUGGGAGCUAUUAAGGUUACAGACAGACAGUCUUGGAGAACAGCCUUAGAACAUGGGCGCUAUGAGUUUCUGAACGAUGAAAACAAAGAAAAUGGUAUAAUUAAAACUGUGAAUGAAGAAUCUGAGGAAAUGGAAACUGAUGAUCAAGAUAAGUUUGUUGUGAAAGACAGACUCGUAGAGUUAAAAACUGAAGCUCCAAGUGCUGCAUCAACAAGUACAAGUACUCCUCAGCCAGUUAAUAAUGUGGUCCACCACUUGGCAUCCGCACUGCUUCAGAUAGAACAAGGAAUUGAGCGGAGGUUUCUCAAAGCACCUCUUGGUAAUACAGAAGAUGAUGAAAGAAACCACUGGGGUGAUAAAAGGAGGAAGAGAGUGGAAGACAAGACUAGUCAGAGAGAUGAUGCCAGUGAUGGUGGACGAUCCUAUAAAACAGUUUUGGAUCGCUGGAGAGAGUCACUUCUUUCUUCUACCAGCUUGUCCCAAGUUUUCCUUCAUCUGUCUACAUUGGAUCGAAGUGUCAUCUGGUCAAAGUCCAUCCUCAAUGCUCGCUGUAAAGUGUGUCGAAAGAAAGGCGAUGCAGAAAGCAUGGUGCUGUGUGAUGGAUGCGAUCGAGGCUAUCAUACUUACUGUAUCAGGCCCAAGCUGAAGGUCAUUCCUGAAGGAGACUGGUUUUGUCCAGAGUGCCGACCAAAACAGCGCUCUAGGCGCCUCUCCUCCAGACAGAGACCUUCUGUGGAAAGUGAUGAAGAGACUGCUGAACGACUAGGAGAAGGGGAAGAAGAAGCAGACUAUGAUGAAAUGGGACAAAGUGAGGAAGAACGUUACGAAGAAGAGCAAGAUGAGGAGGAUGACUCUCAAGAGGAAGAAGAGAUAAGCCCAUCAAAGCAAGGAAGACCCCAGGUCAAGUUUCCAUUAAAAAUGAGAGCAGCCAAACUCAACAAUCCAUUCUCAAGUCGGAGCAGCCAGCGUCAGGCAAGGUACGCUUCUCGGAGUCAGGAAAACACACCUAAGCAAAGUGAACCUCCAUCUAAAGCUACCAGAAGGAGGUUAAGAAAGUCAGCUCCUCCAUCAGUGACAAAGCCUUCUUUAAGACUUAAUAGCCGGACCACUCGUCAGAGCCAUAGUUCACUACAAGCAGAUGUAUUUGUGGAAUUACUCAGUCCUCGAAGAAGACGAAGAGGAAGGAAGAGUGCUGAUAACACACUGGAAAACAGCCCUUCCAAUUCUCUCGGAUUUAGAAUUGUUGAUACCUCAGACUCGACUGAACGGCUUAGGAAGUAUCCAGUUUCUGCUUCAAAACUUUCUCUUCCUGUUACUGAACCCAAGAGAAGAGGCAGGAAACGACAAUCCACAGAAUCAUCUCCUCAGACCUCAUUGAACAGGAGAAGUUCAGGACGUCAAGGGGGAGUCCAUGAACUCUCAGCUUUUGAACAACUCAUAGUGGAACUGGUACGACAUGAUGACAGCUGGCCUUUCAUGAAACUGGUUUCCAAAAUCCAGGUACCAGACUACUAUGAUAUCAUCAAAAAACCUAUUGCCUUAAAUAUAAUCCGUGAAAAAGUGAAUAAAUGUGAAUAUAAGUUAGCAUCGGAAUUCAUUGAAGACAUUGAGCUGAUGUUUUCGAACUGCUUUGAAUACAACCCUCGGAACACAAGUGAAGCAAAAGCUGGAACUAGACUUCAAGCUUUCUUCCACAUUCAGGCUCAAAAGCUCGGACUUCCAAUUACAUCUGGUAAUGUGGACCAUGCUGCUCCCGCAGCAAAGAAGUCACGAAUCUAACCUCUGCCUUCCAAAGGAUUUUUUGAGGGAAUCUGUUAUCUUCAUUAAAAUGAAAUGUUAAAUCACACAGUCGUCAUACGUGUAUAAAGCAAUAACAACUGUUUAACCACCUUGAAGUGUGGCCUGCACUAUAUUCUCAACUUAAUAUUAAGCACUCAGGAGAACGUAGGAAAGAUUACCUUUGCUACAGUUUUAUUCAGUGUCUAAUAAUUUUGAUAGAUGUACUGGAUACAGUACUGGUUUACAGAGGUUUUGUACAUUUUUAAUACAUUCAUGUGUCCAAAUAUCUUCCAGAAGUACAUUGUUUUUUCCUGUACCAAAUGACCUUGUUUCAUUCUCUAGAUUUUGUAGGAGCUGUGGUAUUGAGGGCUUUAUCAACUCAGAUAAAAUCUUCUGCUGUAGCACAGUUGAAGCUGUGUGUAUGUUUAAAACUUGUUUGAGCAUAUCUUCUCAACACUACACAUGAAUGAGUACAACUGCAUAUCUUUUUAAGUACUGUACCAGUGCUGGCUGGAGGUAUUCAGUCUGAGUUUAUUAAGUAGAUAUUUAUUUAGCAUUCAAAGUAAUUUGUGAAUUUGUUUUGUAUUUAUAAAAUUUGUACUUGGGAAUUAAAAACAACAAAAAGAGAGAGUUCCAUAACUUUUAAGUUUUUGUUUUCUGGUGGGGUUUUUUUUUGUUGUUUAUUCCCCUCUAACUUGAUGAUCAAUCAGUAAAUACCAUCCUGUGUCCCCAGCAGUUCUAGCAAUGAGUAAACUUACAGGACUCUACUAUAAGUUUCUACAUACAACUUUGGAAGUGUACAAAUAAAAUGACACAUUUU